UCCCCUAGUAGUUCAAAACGGUAGAAGUGGGUCCGGGCGGACGGACGGACAAAACGUAAACAAUAGCACAUUUUUUUUUAUUCUUAAAAAAUGCGCUAAAUUAAAAUACGGUGUUGUUGCACAAGUGGAUCAAGAUUGACGUGGCUACAUAUUCAAGGUACACGAAGGGAGUUUCUGUCAUUCUGACAAAUGUUUUAAGAACGCAGAAUGGCAAGUCAAACGCAAGGAAUUCAACAACUUUUGGCGGCCGAAAAAAAGGCAGCGGAAAAAGUUAGCGAAGCCAGAAAACGUAAAACGAAAAGAAUCAAACAAGCGCGGGAAGAGGCAACUGCAGAAAUAGAGAAAUAUCGGCAAGAGAGGGAAAAGCAAUAUAAAGAAUUUGAACAUAAACAUCUGGGAUCCAAAGAAGACAUCGCGGCCAGGAUCGACAAAAAUACACAGGUCCAUUUUGAACAGAUUGCAAGUGAUGUUCAGAACAAUAAAGAACAGAUAUUGAAAGAAUUGUUGGACUUGGUCUACAAUAUUAAGGCCGAUGUCCAUCCCAAUUAUUUCGUUGUAAAUCCUCGUAAACACUAAAUUGUUAUUAGAGACUACUUGCGAUGAUCCAUAGCUAGAUCAAUGAAAAGAAUGUAAGGAGAAACUUUAGCAACACAUGUAUGUAACACACUAAUGUUCUUGUUGUGAAUGUAAGUCAAAUAUCACAUUAAAUUAACUUUAUCAACUA